AUGGUGACGAAGAUGGAUCUCGCGUUGACCAGGCCUGUCAAUUUCAUCCCUCACUUGACGGCACCGCUGGAGCCAGGGGCGUUUUCUACGGUUUGGAGCCCGAAGUCGAAGUCGGGUGCUGGCUUUGUGGCGGCCGUGUCGGUGUCUAUCCAGAGGCCUCGCGUGUGCCGAUAUGCCAAGCUGCGAGACCUUUUAGUGCUUUGUGAAGUGCCCAGCCCAUCGACGCAGGCAGUGAGGGCUGUUCUCGACCCAAUCCAUGCGUUGGACAUAAGAAGCAUGUUCGCGGAGCUGGAAGAGGCGAAGCGUGCCGACAUUUUACUGGAGAUCCUCCAGGUGCUGGCGGAGGACGGGCGGCUGGACGUCAGGGAUUUUACAAGAGCCAUCUCUACUUGCUCGAAGCUCCGCGCGUGGCAACAUGCCUGUGCAGUCCUGCGAAACAUGGCUUCAGGCCAGGUGCAGCCCAAUGAGAUCAGCUUCAAUGCAACCAUCAGCGCGUGCCAGAGGGCCCAGCAGUGGCAGCAGGCGAUAGCCGUGUUCCAAUCGAUGCCGGAGACGAGUGUGGCAGCGAACCAGGUCAGCUUCAACGCGGUGAUUAGCGCCUGCCGGGAAGGAGCGUGUUGGCAGGAGGCAGUGGCGCUCUUCAACCUCAUGCCCGCAACAAAGCUGAAAGCGGAUACCAUCAGCUUCAGCACGACCAUCAGUGCGUGCGAGAAGGCAAAGCAGUGGCAACUGGCCUUGGCUCUUUUUGGAGACAUGCCACGGGCAAGCGUGCAUGCGAAUGGGAUUGUGUUUAAUUCAACCAUUAGUGCUUGUGAGAAAGGGGGAAAGUGGCAGCAGGCGCUAGCCUUGUUAAUGUCCAUGUAUGCUGCUCAGUUGCAAGCAGAUGACAUCAGUUUUAAUGCCACGAUUAGCGCUUGCGAGAAAGGCGGCCAGUGGCAGCAGGCGUCGGCCUUGUUGACCGCAAUGGCCGCUGCACAAGUUCAAGCAGAUGGCAUAAGCUUUAAUGCAUCCAUUAGCGCUUGCGAGAAGGGCGGCCAGUGGCAGCAAGCAUUAGUCCUGCUCCAGGCAAUGCCUGUUGCGAAGGUGAAAGCGGAUGAGAUAAGCUUUAAUGCAACCAUCAGCGCUUGCGAGAAAGGUGGGCAGUGGCAGCAGGCAUUGGCCUUGUUCAUGUCCAUGGCCUUUGCGAAGGUGCAAUCAGAUCACAUAAGCUUUAAUGCAACGAUCAGCGCUUGUGAGAAGGGUGGCCACUGGCAGCAAGCUCUGGCCUUGCUUUUGUCCAUGCCUGGCGCAUCAGUGCGAACAGAUGAUAUAAGUUUCAAUGCGACCAUUAGUGCUUGCCAGAAAGGGUGGCAGUGGCAGCAUGCCCUGGCUUUGUUUAGCUUUAUGCCGGAAGAAAGCGCUCAACGAGAUGAGAUUAGCUUUAGUGCAGCCAUUAGUGCCUGCGAAAAAAGCGGACAGUGGGAACAGGCAUUGGCAUUGUUUCGGGCCAUUCCCGAAGCAAUGCUGCGAGCAAAUCAGGUCAGCUUCAAUGCAACUAUCAGUGCUUACGAGAAAACUAUGCAGUGGCAACAGGCCUUCGGCCUUUUUUGGUCCAUGCCUGAAUCACAGGUUCCAGCAAGUGAGGUCAGCUUUGGCGCCAGCAUCAGUGCAUGCGAAAAGGCUGCAGUUUGGCGUCAAGCGGUGGCCCUAUUGUGGUCCAUGCCUGCGUCAAAGGUGCAAGCCAAUGAGGUCAGCUUUAAUGCAGCUAUCAGUGCUUGCGAGAAAGGUGUAGUUGGGCAAUAG